GCCGGGGUCGGGGUGCAGUGUGGCAGCAAUGGCGUCGCGAACGGCAUCGGCAUCGGACUCGGGCUCGCAGUCAGGCGAUGGCGGAUCGUGGUCGGCGUCGGGAUCGUACACGGUCUCGCUGCCGGCGUCGCCGACACGAAGCCUGUUGCCGACAAUGGAGUCGGCAGUGUUGCGGCCCGAGGGUAGGCAUGGGCUCGAGCAGCCAGCGUCGCCACCAAGCCCACGGAUUACGGUUGCACCGGCAAGCCUGACGGGAAGGCGGCGCGGCAAGGCGGCAGCGAGUGUCGAGGACUGUGACGAGACUCAACCCGGCACGCCGCAAAAGCAUAGCAGCCCUGCCGAGCAGCUGCGGGCGGCAGGUGAUGAGCGGUUCGAGGCGACCAACUCGGUAGUGGCGUCGAUGGACGCGCUCGUGGCGGCGCAGCACCAGGCGCUUGUCAUGGGCAACUUUCGCGAGGUGGCCAAGGCGCGCAAGGCAAUUGUGCAGGCUCGGGCGGCGCUGCCGCGAACGAUUGCCGCCGACCUUGGUGUGGCGCGCCGGCGCGAUGCCGAAGCGCUGGCCCAGAUGAAGCACGAUGUGCUGGAGGAGUUUGAGUCCGAGACCGCGGCACUGGAGGCGCGGCUGCGGGCCCAGGCUGCGGCGCGGCGCGAGGCGCUUGAAGCCAAGCAUGCGCGCGAGGAGGAGGAGCUGUGGGCCAAGGUUGAGGCCGUGCCUGUCGCCUUUCACUGGUCGUCGUCUCUGCUCAACGCGGCGGCCCGGAUCGAGGCGCUCAUGGCAGCCGACGAGUGGGACGCGGUCGAGCGCGCCAUGCCGCAGUUUGAACGGAGCAAAGAGGACGAACUUGCGCGGUGCACUGGCGUCGCGCACGCCAAGGCGAUGCGACAAGUUGAGUCGCUGCGCAAGCGGCAGGCGCGCCAGCUCGACCGUGUCGACGAUCGCAACCGCGAGCGCCGCCGGCACGCCCUCGCCAAGCGACGCGCGCAUCGCGAGCGCAUCCAUAAGGCCUUUCGCAACAUGGCGGCCGACUUGCAAGAGCACUACGCUGUGCUUGGGCGGCGGGCAAACAAGUUUGGCCACGCGUUUGGCCUUGCAUCGGCGGCAGGCAGCGGGCCAGCAGCGGCGGCGUCAGCGGCGGCGCGCGCAGAGUACGAUCCGCAGCUCUCGCCGCUCUCGCCUAUCAAGCGGCGGCAGCUCGAAUCGGCGUCCGGCGUGGUGUGCGACUCGCCGUCGCGGCCGCUGACUCCGCUGCGAGGUGCAGCAAGGUCGCCAUCGCGCGGGGGCCGCAGCUCUCCGUCGCCCGGCGGUGCCGUUUCCCAGCGCGCAGGCCUCCGCACCCGCCACAAGCCCAACCUCCUGGCGGCACGUUUGUGA